AUGGCGGUGGUGAAGUCAGUGGCCGUUCGAGCUCUGAAGUUUUCGUCGGCGGUGAAUUUCAGGCUAAACCGAUGUGGUGGUGGAGCAAUAUCACUCCGUGUUAAAUCGUUCUCUACCUUCAUGUCGCCACCGUCAAAGGCCAUCGUCUACGAACAGCACGGCUCUCCCGAUUCUGUCACCAGAGUGGUGGAUCUCCCGCCAGUUGAAGUGAGAGAAAACGAUGUAUGCGUUCAAAUGAUCGCCGCGCCGAUCAAUCCCUCUGAUAUCAAUCGAAUUGAAGGUGUGUACCCGGUAAGGCCACCGGUACCAGCGGUUGGUGGUUAUGAAGGUGUUGGGCAAGUAUACGCAGUUGGCUCCAAGGUCAAUGGUCUUUCUCCAGGUGAUUGGGUUAUUCCAUCUCCACCAUCUUCAGGGACUUGGCAGACGUAUGUUGUGAAGGAGGAGAGUGUGUGGCACAAAAUUGACAAAACUUGUCCAAUGGAGUAUGCAGCGACGAUCACUGUUAAUCCAUUGACGGCUCUACGGAUGCUUGAAGACUUUGUGCUCUUAAAUUCUGGAGAUUCUGUAGUACAGAAUGGCGCAACAAGUAUCGUGGGUCAAUGUGUUAUCCAGUUAGCAAGGCUCCGUGGCAUCAGUAGCAUUAACAUUAUUCGUGACAGGGCUGGCUCGGACGAAGCAAAAGAGAAGCUGAAAGCUUUAGGUGCAGAUGAAGUGUUUUCAGAGAGUCAACUGAAUGUAAAGAACGUGAAAAGUCUUUUGGUGAACUUACCUGAACCAGCUCUGGGAUUCAACUGUGUUGGUGGCAAUGCUGCCUCCCUUGUGCUCAAAUAUCUGAGGGAAGGAGGAACCAUGGUAACAUAUGGUGGGAUGUCUAAGAAGCCAAUCACCGUGUCAACAACAUCUUUCAUCUUUAAGGAUCUGGCAUUGCGAGGAUUCUGGCUGCAGAAUUGGUUGAGUAUGGGUAAAGUAAAAGAAUGCAGAGAGAUGAUAGACUAUCUCCUUGGGCUUGCGCGGGAUGGGAAGCUAAAAUACGAAACGGAAUUGGUUCCUUUCGAAGAGUUUCCUGUUGCUCUCGAUAAAACCCUCGGGAAGCUAGAAACAAUGAGAAUGUAG